AUGGCAGACGCGGUGUCGGGCAGCAUCCAUGAGACGCGCGAGAACACGCUGGACGAGCCCGUGUCCGAGACCAUCCUGCGCGAUGUCCGGCUCGUCGGCGCCAAGCUCAAGGUGGUCUUGAUGCCACGCAACACGUCGGACGAGACGCUUCAAGCGCUCCGCGACUGGGACCUCUGGGGUCCGCUCAUGGUCUGCCUCACGCUCUCCAUUCUCUUGAGCCUCACGGCGCCCGCGAACCAGUCGGCGAUGGUCUUUACGAGCGUCUUUGUCGUCGUGUGGGUCGGCGCCGCCGUCGUGACGGUCAACGCGCAGCUCCUCGGCAGCACCAUCUCUUUCUUCCAGAGCAUUUGCGUCUUGGGCUACUGCAUCUUCCCGCUCGUGAUUGCAACGCUCGCGUGCUUCUUCACGCGCGUCGUGUCGUCGCACGUGACGAUCCGCCUCGUCCUCGUCGGCGUCGGCUUUGUGUGGUCCACGCGCGCGUCCGUCGUCUUCAUGUCGCAGCUGGUCCCGCCCAAGAAGAAGGCGCUCACGGUGUACCCGGUGUUGCUCUUUUACAUCUUUAUCAGCUGGAUGAUCCUGAUUCAAUAA